AGUCGUCUUGGCACAAGCUCAAGCCUCUGCAGCCCUCGCGAUCGCGGCGAACCGGCCGCCCUCCACGGCCCCCCUCCGCCCCCCUCCGCCCCGCCGCAGCGCGAUGGCCGCGACCUUCUCCCAGCGCAUCGUGCCGUCGGCGCUGGCCCUCGCUCUCGGCGGCGUGGGCUCGAGCGGCUUCGCGGUCUCGGAGCUGUACGGGAAGAACUACGAGGAUCAGACAAGAAAAACGACCCGAUGGUUGGCCUGUGGUGUGUGGGCCUGACCGCCAGCGGCUUCGAGCAGGGCGCGGGCGUUCAGGCGCAGUUCAGCGAGCCCGACCAGGAAGACAUCGAGCACUUCCACGGGCAGGGGGCCAACUGCUUCCGGGUGCCCAUCACUUGGAAUCGCCUGCAGUCCAGCCUCGGCAGCAACGAGCUGGACCCCGUGUCGGAGUUUGUCGAGACCAUCAGGUACAUCACGGAGGACCUCGAGGACUACGCCAUUGUCGUGCCCUUCAGCGGUUCGGCCAACGGUGGCCUAAGGUACGAAGAUCAGGAGGCCACCAUGGACGAUUUCGUCAACCUUUGGACGGCGAUCUCCAAGGAAUUCGCCCAGAACGACCGCGUCAUCUUCGAGCUGUUCGACUACCCCGAGUAUGGUUGUCACAAUGGGGAUUGUGGCGACGGCAACACGGGCUUCUUCGGUUGGGGUGACGACACGAACGGCGAGUAUGUCCAGGCCUGGCUGGAGUGGUGCCAGGGAGCGGUCGACGCCAUCCGCGCGCAGGGCGCCGAUAACUACGUCCUCGUGCCCGGGCUGAAGAAGUCCCUUGCCAGGGACUGGCUGGGCGCGCAGUGGUGGGGCGAGUCCCUGGACGGCUACAGCAGGGCUGGCAACCUGAGGCUGUUUGCGCUCCAGGACCCCUCCAACAGGACCGCCUACAGCAUGCGCCAGUACUUCGACUUAGAGCAGAUUGGUCUGAGCCCUGGCUGCGAGGGCCACGACGCGCACGUGAACGGGGGCUUGUCCGCGGACGAGGCGCUCACCUACACCAUCGAAAUUGCACAGAAAUACAACAAGAAGCUGUGGAUGACCGAGGUGCUUUCCAUUCCCGACGCGGAUGCCACCACAGAGAGGGAGGAGUGCGAGAGCAAGCUGGGGGACUACCUGGCGGAAAUGGCGGACUCGGGGGUCUUCCUCGGCUACCAGGUGUGGCAGUUUGGGUGCAAGGACUGCGCAAAGGGCGUGGACCUGUCCCCCGAGAGCAUCGACGAGAACUACAACUUCGACUGGUACAACCUCGAGAAGUACGGAAUCACCAGCACAAGCACCUCGCGUACCCAGACCACGGUCACCAGGACCUCCGUCACGAGCACCACGGCCACCACCUCCACCUGCACGGGCUGCACGCACACGCAGACCAGCACCACGGGGACCACGAUAACGGCCACCACGGCGACCACUACGCCGCAGGACCUGAAUGGCGCGCCGUCCGCCCUCCCCAGCGCGGGCUUGGCUGCCGCGGUGGUUCUCGCGCAGCUGCUGGCGUGCUGAGUGUGGAUGUCGGGGAAGGGCAGGAGGGAGAGGAGGUAGAGAGAGGGGUCUUGGGAGGAGGCAGCCAGCCUGGCCCUCGCAGCGAGCGCGCGCGGCCAGCGUAUCGCGGAACCCCCGGCCUCUCAAGGAAGAGGCCUCGGGUCAACCGAGCCCGGGCCCCGACAUGCCCGACCUAACUCUUCUGCCCAGCGUGCUGCCCCCCCGGGCCGGGUGGCUUCCACAUGCGAGGCCGCCCCCGCAGGGCCCCGCCCCGCGCUCACACGCAGCGCCCCAGCGGCGGACUCGGAUACUGGCGACCACCGUCCUGGCCCACGAGCUGACAACGAGCAUCCCUAGACUCCUUUUUUCCCCCCCCCCUCUCUCUCUCUCUCGCUCCACUCUCUCUCAC